AUGGUAUGGCUUGGUGUAUGUAGUGAAGGUUUAACAACACCAGUGGUUUUUGAAGAUGGUACUAUGGACGCAGAAAGGUACAUCAAAGAAGUUCUUCCAGUAGCUCGUAAAUGCGGCAACAAUAUGUUAGGAGUCCACUGGACAUAUCAACAAGAUGGAGCAAAACCUCACACACAUCACCUGACUCAAGAGUGGUGUGCUAAUCGUGAUCAUUUUCCUGAUUUUAUUUCAAAAAAUCGUUGGCCACCAAAUUCGCCUGAUUUAUGUCCAUUAGAUUAUAGUUUAUGGAAUGCAUUGGCUGAAUCUAUGGACUGA